CGAGGCGUCGAGACGAGGGGCUGGGCGGUCGCGCCAUCUCUGCGAUGGACAAUAAGCGGGUCAACACGCGGCGAGUGGCGGUGCGCUCGGGGCUAACCGCGUGGAGCUGUCGGGAGGGCGAGAGGAUGGGCGCGCCCGGGCUGCAGGCGGGGAGCCGGAGGUGGGAGGUGCCACUUGAGAGUGGCUCUCCACCGCUGACAGCAAACGAGCUGGUCCGGACGGAGGACAGAGCGGGAAGAAACGGACGGAGUCGCUGGGGGGCGACGAGGAGUGGGAUCGGGGCGGGCGGAGGGUCGAGAAGGACUGGGCGCAAAGGACCGCGCCGACGCCGCGUGGCUGCCGGGAAGUCAGCUCCCCCGGCCAGGCUGAGCGGGCCCCGGGGCCCGGAGCGGGCGUCGGCAUCUCCGGCCUCCCCGCGGGGCUGCAGGCAGACGGCGCCCCGAGCGCACCCCGCGCGAGCAGGCGCGGAACAGCGGACCCAGGCCGGGCCUUCCGGCACCUUUUCUGGCUGCCUCGGAGGGCAAGGUCCCAGCGCGGCCCGAGGCGCCUCCUGCCAGCGGCCCGACCCCCUGCCCUCCCGGCCCCCUUCAGGCUCCCCGCACGUGCAGGCCCGGCGACGUCACUGCGGCUCUGACGCGCUCUUGGAGGCCCGGGCGGAGGCGGCGCGGCGCGGGCUUCCUCCGGGAGGUCCCGGUCCCGGCAGCCCGCGGCCGCGUCCUUGGCCCUCCUCCGGGGGAACCUCGAUCUUUCCAAACUCGGGAAGGCUGGCUGUCCUUCGGCUACUGAUAAGGACGCGAGCUCUUGGUAAAAGAUUUGAACAAUGCCCGGAAAGAAAUAGCUGGACCUAAGAAAGAGACUAAUAAUAGCCGCCAGCUAGAGCUCCACUCGUGUGCUCAGCGCCUUUAGGAACAAUAAUAACGACCACAACCAUAGUAGCCACCAUUUAUUGAGCGCUCACUCUGUGCCAGGUACUGUGUUAAGCGCUUUCCAGGCAACAACCCUCGGAGGAAGAAGACCUUCAGGAGCAGAACUUGGGAAUGUUCUAGCUCCAGGACCUUCCAGUGCCUUCCCAUCCUUUCCUAGUUGGCUUUCCUUCAGUUCAUAAGAACGCUGUGACAACUGAAAUAAUUCAGGUCAUAUUUAUGAAACAUCUAUUACAAUGAAAAUCCCAUAGUGACAUAAUACUCCACUGUUCACAGGAAAAUGCUGGCUAAAACAAACAACAGUGACUGUCUGGCAAGGGACACAUCGAAUAAUGCUGAUGAGUCUUCUGGGUCUUUUUUUUUUUUUUUAAUCUUGGGAUCGAGUGAUUCAUAAUAAUGAAGGGGAAAGAAGACACUAGGUCUGUUUUAGUUCUCAAAAUUAUUCACAGGGAAUAGACUUUCAUCAUCAACACCCUAAAGAAGUAGAAUGCUCAAGGUAAAUUGCCAGUUUUUGUCUUUCUGGAAAAUCCAUUAAUACUGAAUGAUCUUGGUCUUGACCCAUUCCAAAAAAAACAAAGAGGAUUGAGCCAUGGGAUUCAGAUUGUCCUUGAAAAUGCCUUUAAAAACUAGAUUCCAAAUCAGUGCUCUUAUUCUUCUUGAAUAUCCCACCCACCUGCCUUAGCUUGUCCUAUCCCUUCUAGACACAGCACUAUUUUCUCUCUUUGAGGAAGAAAGGCCCAGAGGCCAGAAGAGUGAGGGAACGUAAGGACGACUUUUCCACCGACCUGAGUUGCUAAAGCCAUUUGGACCCAGAGAACUCAUUGUAUAUGUGUGCCACUCAAUAUAUAUGUGUGCAUGAAUUUGUGGUUGUGCAUUUUCUGGCUAAUAUCCAAAGUCUUCAUAACAAGGGGCCUGAGAUACGACAAAAGGAAGACCUAUGUGUCAAGGACGUGGGUCCACCCACCAAGAAGUUCUGGAUGCCCAAAGGGGCUCCUAGCUCAGGGUCUGUGUGUCCAGCUGCUGGGGUAAAGAGAUUUGGAAACCACUGGACAUUUCUGCUGGGAUCCUUCCAAACCCUUUUGGGAACCGGCAAUAGCACUUGUCAGGGGAAAUUAGUUCUGCACUUUCACAGAGUGAGAAAUUCCUCAGGGGGCAUUCUUCUACUUGGGAAGAGAAAUCGAACCCAGCUCAUUCCUUCAGGGCCGUUGCCAUUAAUAAAGCAGACCAAGACCAGUUCAGUUAGUCCCGCCUGGGUCAGGGCGUGGAGUGAGGACAGGAGCAAAGGCGUUCAGGGAAUUCACCUGUGGCUAUGGCCCUCCUCUGACGGGAGCAAGCUUGAUAUUUUAGGGGAUCGUGUUACCGGCAUGUAAACACCGUGAGUGACAGCCAAAGCUCCAGGCGACCACAGAGGAUCUCAAACCCUUCCUAUCUUCCUAGAAACCCUGGCGGCCCGACCGGCUGCUCGCUGUCUGAUGCAACAGUUUGCAACGCUGUUCUGGGAGUUGAGUCCUGCUGCGGGGCGCCGGGAACCGAGCCGACGCGCAUGCGCGGGCUGCGGCCCCGCCCCCAAAGGGCGGAGGGGGAGCUUUUCACCAGAUGUGCGGGGGGCGGGGCCGGUCGGCCAGAGAGACCUCUGGCAGCUCGCGCCCGCGAUCUGAGCUUAAUUAAACUUCUCCCGAGGCAUUGGCUGACUGAUUGACCCAGUGAUCCAAAAAAAUCAGAGAGGCCCAAAUCUCCCCAAACGCGCCGGCAGAGCGAAGUUGGGAAGUUGGCUUUCGGUUUCCAGAUUUGGGCCUUUGGAUUCAGCGUCCCUCCCCUGCGCCCCCCGAUCCGCAGCACUGUCCAGGAUCCACAGCUCGGAAGCACAGUCAAGCCUCGCGGGCCUGGGCCCUCACACCACACACUUUCUUAACAAGGGAGGCAUAGUGGCUACGGGGCGGGAAGGAGGCAAGGUUUUGAUGCCGCCUUGGUCAGUAUCUCCCCUGCCUCGCUCAUCUGUUUUAGGUUUUAUGAGCGGGAGACGUCACCGAUUAUUUUCCAAAAUUUUCAGCCGUUCGGGUAUUGCCUUCACGAUUUGCUUCCAUAUCCACAUUCCACCUCUAUUAUAUAUUUUAAUAGACUUUUAUUUUAUUAACUUUAACUUUAAACCGUUUCCCUUUUUUAGGUAGCUUUGCCCUAAGCAAUAACAUUAGCAAAGCUACAGGCUGAAAAUAAAUUCAAAACUAUUAAAAUAAAAAAUAUAUGUAUAUGGGCUGGUCUGAGUGCAGUGGUGUUUGCAACUAAUUGAUCACAUCCAGUUACAGAUUUCUUUCUUUCUUUUCUUUUUUCUUUCCUUC